AUGUCUGACUUCAGCGGAAUGUCCAAGGACGAUCUGGAGAUUGUGUAUCAGGUGAAAGGUUGUGGAUAUCCCUUUCAACGUGUUCAGAAGCAUCAUGAGGGCAGCACUCUUCCAUGUGCUAUAGAUGCCAAAUGUUUUACACAGAACACAAAGCUUAUUAACCCACACACAGGUAAGGCAGGUGAGAGGCCACUGAUAUGCUCUGACUGUGGGAAAUGUUUUACAUACAAAUCACAUCUUGUUAUACAUCAGAGAAGGCACACAGGUGAGAGGCCAUUUUCUUGCUCUGAGUGCGGGAAAUGUUUUACAUACAAAUCACAACUUGUUAAACAUCAGCGAAGUCACACAGGUGAGAAUCUAUUUCCAUGUUCUGAGUGUGGGAAAUGUUUUACAUACGAAUCACGUCUUGUAAUACAUAAGAGAAUACAUACAGGUGAGAAACCAUAUUCCUGUUCUGAGUGUGGGAAAUGUUUUACAUACAAAACAACUCUUGAUGCUCAUAAGAGAAGUCACACAGGUACAUCACCUUUUCCAUGUUCUGAGUGUGGGAAAUAUUUUGCUCAGAAAUCACAACUUGCUAGACAUCAGAGAAGUCACACAGGUGAGAGGCCAUUUCCAUGUGCAGACUGUGGAAAAUGUUUUUCACGGAAAUCACACCUUGUUACACAUCGGCAAAGUCACACAGGUGAGAAGCCAUUUCCAUGUCCUGAGUGUGGGAAAUGGUUUGCACAGAAAUCAGGUCUUGUUAGACAUCAGAUAAGUCACACAGGUGAGAAGCCAUUUCCAUGUCCUGAGUGUAGGAAAUGGUUUGCACGGAAAUCAGAUCUUGUUAUACAUCACAGAAGUCACACAGGGGAGAAUCCAAUUUCUUGCGCUGAGUGUGGGAAAUGUUUUAAACGGAAAUCACAACUUGUUAUACAUCAGAGAAGUCACACAGGUGAGAAGCCAUUUCCAUGUUCUGAGUGUGGGAAAUGUUUUGCACGCAAAUCAACUCUUGUUAGACAUCAGCAAAGUCCUGCCUGGAAGAUGGUGACUUUGGACCUAAUUCAGGUUGGAUUGCAGUGUGCGAUCUAA